AUGACUACAUAUGAAGAAUUAACAACUGAUAAGAAAGUAAGAGUCGCGCUUCACAGAGACGUGAACAAGAUAUGUACAGACACAUGCCACUACAACGGUUUCUCUAUAAACUCAGGACCAGUGGCCAUAGUAGCAGAACUUGUUUAUAAGAAAUUGUUAACAUAUGGAUUAGAUUUGGAGGCGUUUGCUAAGUACUGGAUUUAUUGA